GGUACUCAGUAGUGUGUUAAAUUGAGGAAACCGCCCUCCGUAUCUCCUGCCGCAAUCUUCCGGACCAGUGGACGGGGGUUUUAAUAUCGUCACGUAUCCCUGCCUUUCCUGCACUUUCUUCGCAUCUGCGCCUACGGUGCCUCCGCUGGCACUCUCUUUCCUCUUUCUUUGAAAAGACAGUUCAGGGUAUACCAUAUUGCAACCACAGAAUGGGAGAACUGAGCCCACGGAGCCCCGCGGAAGGCUUGCCCUUUGCGCAGCGGCCUAUUGUCAUCUUGGGAGCAGGGAUCAUUGGAUGUGCCACGGCACGUCAACUUCUCCUCAACGGGUUCGCCGUCGUCGUCGUGGCCGAGUAUCUGCCGGGAGACCAGAACCCGUGGUAUGCUUCGGCAUGGGCGGGAGCCGCCUGGCAUGCGGCCGCGGGCAUCAGUCCUGAACACCGCUAUAUCCAAGCGGUGACCCAUCGUCACCUGCUGAAGAUGGCACAGGAAGAUCCUCAGUCAGGGGUGUGUAUCGUCGAUGCGCGCGAAUACCUUGACAUGCCUCCAUCGGAGAAUUCCUCCGUGUGGGGCAAGAAGGUAGCGGCCAAUUUCCGGGACCUGAAAUCGGGCGAGUACCCUGCCGAGUACAACUCUGGAUGGGCGUACGACUGCCUGGUCACCGACCCGACGCUCCACAUGCCCUAUCUGGGAAAGCAGGUUUCGGCUCUCGGUGGGCACUUCAUUCGGAAGCGGGUGGACUCUCUGCAGGAUCUCUAUACCAUGUUCCCGGAGUCGAGCGUUUUCAUCAACGCAAGUGGCGUUGGGAGCAAGUCGCUGAGCGACGUCCAGGACGACAAGUGCUUCCCCGAGCGAGGCCAGAACGUCUUCUACCGCACCGAGCAGUGCCGCCGGUUAUACUUGCGUGUCGGCAAAGAGUACACAUACAUUAUCCCUCGGCCGCUCUCCAACGGGGUAGUCCUGGGUGGGGUCAAACAGAGGGACAACCUCUCCCCCGAGCCUGACAUGGAAAUUGCGCGGGACGAGAUCGCCCGUGCACACCGUCUCGCCCCUGAAAUCGUGCCCGCAAACCCACCCGAAUCCUCCCUCAGUCACAUUGUGGGUAUCCGGCCCUCACGGGAAGGUGGAUUCCGUCUCGACUCCCAGCAGAUCGGCGAUCGCGUCAUCGUGUCCGCCUACGGGUUUGGCGGCGGCGGAUAUGCCUUCUCGUACGGUAUCGCCGAUGCCGUCGCCAAGAUGGUGGAAGAAGCAGAGCGGACAAAUGUGGUUUCGUGAUGGACGAAUCCGACCCGGAUGGUAGCGCAGCUAGCAGGUCUUGAGCCCGAUAGUUAUCGGGACCAGCUGGACUGGGCGGUCGCCUGUAGUCCAGCGUCAAUGUGUACUUUUGAUAGCGUUUAUGGCCCAAUACAUGUUUAAUUUCCACAAUAUCAGCCCCGUGCCGUCUUCUCGAAUGUCUAGUAUACUGACCGUCGUAGGUGCCUCAGGCACGAAUCUCCCGUCGUCG